AUGGAGAGUGUGACAGAGACCCCAUGUGACAGAGAGCAGCAUUCCUGGGUGCUGAACCAGCUGAUCCACCAUGUCACCCUGAGGGGCCUCUACUCCCUGAGCUGCACACAGGAGGUGGUCGAAGAGCUGGCGGAUGGCUUCGGGUACUCCAUCUCCCUGGACAGGGACCAGCUGCACCGCACCAUCAUCAAUAACCAGGGCUGCUCUGAGUGCUAUCUAUUUCCUGCUGGGAACCUGGCUGGGCCAAGGGCAGGAUUGCAGGGAGCCCCUGUUGGACCCUGCAGCUGGCCACUCUGCACGCCAGCUUUGGUGGCUCCCACGUGGAGGGCCAUGCCUACCUUCUGCCAGGCCACCUGGAGCAUCUCAAGGCCAUUGAGGCCGAAUGGAAAGGUGAGGGGACUGGAGCCAGAGCCAGUGCUAGCCCCUGGGCUGGAGCCAGCUGCACCUCCAGUCUCACCACGUGUGGUAGAGCUGGAGCCAGCAGCCCCUGAGUCGGCCACUCCAGGACCAGAGCAAGGGCCACCAUUAAAGGCAGCCCCAGAGCCCAGCUGCCCCUGGGCCGUGACCACCGAGGACCAGCUGCGGGAGGAGAAGCCGAACAUCUUGGUCUUCCCUCCCCAGCUGGUGGCAGAGCAGCUGACGAGGAUGGCUGCGGAGCUGUUCAAGACGUUGGUGCCCGCCCACUGCCUCGGCUCCAUCUGGUCUGAGCGCGACAACAGGGAACGCAAGUCCCUGGCACCCACCGUCCGUGACACUGUGAUGCACGACAACACCGUGGCCAAUCGCAUCCUCGUCACCUGCCUUGGGGAAGCGAGCAUGACAGCGCAGGACAGGGCCAGGGUGGUUGAGCUGUGGAUCAGGGUGGCUGAGGAGUGCCGAGGCCUCGGGAACUUCUGUUCCCUCCACACAAUCCUUUCUGCCCUGCAGAGCCCUGCCAUUGCCCGUCUCCAAGACACCUGGGGACAAGUUUCCAGGGAGAGUUCUCGAACCUGGAAGAAGUGGGUCAGGAGAGAGAAACGCGUGAGCAGGGAGCUGCUGGUGCAGGAGGCGACCUCCGUGUUAAAGACUGCAGAGAGGGCCCGCCAGGGAGCCCAGGAGAGGCAGCGGCAGCAGGGUGUCGUCCCCUCCCUGGUGAGGUUCUUCCGUUCCCUGGAGCUGCUGGACGCUACGAUGGAGGAUUAUGUGGAGGGCAAUGUGCUCAACUGUCGGAAAUGGAACGAGCAAUUCAAACUGAUGGAGGAGAUCGAGCUGCUCCAGGAGGCUGCAAAUCUGUACACCGUGCAGCCUGACGAGCACUUUGGGGUCUGGUUCCAGGCCGUGGAGCCCCUGAGCAAGGAGGAGAGCUACAGCCUGUCCUGCCAGCUGGAGCCCCGAUACCACUGGGCCAGAAAGAUUCGACUCUUCUUCAAAGACAAGAAGAACCGCUCAGGGAAGAGUGAGCGUCCAGACCGGCAGUGGCUGAAUCCACAGGCUCAGGAAACAUUCAGGCUGAGCGUGGGCCUGGGGAGGCAGACAGCUGGCCCUGGGUUCCAACUCCACUGCUGAGCAGUCCCGUCCUGGGCGAUCGCACUCACGUUUCUGGGACUGGUUUCCUCUUCUGUGAAAUGGGUGACGCUAAAUAUCAGCCCCUGUGUCAGGGACAGAUGGGGUGCUGUUAGCUGUCUGAGGACUCAGGACAGGGCUGGAGCACAGAGCAUGGUGGGGGCAUGGAGGAGGUGUGCACUGUGGUUCCAGGGCAGGCCCCUCAGGAAAUGCCUGUCUUUCUCCAGACAUCAGACCCCCAACCAAGGGCCCUGUGGAGGUGGUCGAUGACCCUCGUGAGACCAGCUGAGCUACAGUGGGGACACAGCAGGGACACUCAGGGUACACAGGGCCACCUCCUCUGAUUCUGACGAGAACUUUGUGAUCCGUUUCCUGGGGUCCCCUGGAGGCCACAACGGAAGGCACCAACCCCUCUUCUCCCACCCCCUUUUCCCCAGUACCUAUUUCCCUAUUUGGAGGGGCCAUAUUUUGUUGUCAAUGGUAAAUGCUCCGUUUGAGUAUUAUAUUAAAUUCUUGCUUCUUUC